AUGAGACGGGCAAAUUCAGAGAGACGCCCGCCGACUUCAGGAACGCCCGGAAUCAAAAUCGGCCGGCGUUCGAAUCGCGCUCGGGCCCAGCCAAUCGGAUUUCGUUUCUUCGCACGCUCUCCGGGCUCGGUGCUGAUUGGCCCGUUCGGAGCCUCGCCCGCGCAUUCGCGGUUUCUCGUCUCGGAGGUGGGCGGGGGCAAUGAAACCGCCUCUCCGGCGAUCUUAACCAAUCGCCGCAGCGGAAAGCCCCUGAGUGGCGUGGCGGUGUGUGCUGCCAUUGGCUGGGAGAGGCGCGGGAGGCGUGUCCCGGGGGCGUGUGACGGCUGGAAGAUGGCGGAAAGUAAACUCCUAGUGAAAGCAGGACUGGAUCACACUGCUGUGCAGCGGGAGUCUCAAAACACAGUUUCUAAUGUACAAUCAAUAAUUGUGAUUCCACUGUUGCAGCGUUCAGGCACUAGGAGGCGCUAUCAGGACGAUGGAAUCUCGGACGACGAGAUCGAGGGCAAGAGGACCUUUGACCUGGAAGAGAAACUGAUCAGCAGCAACUACAACGCCAACUUCAUCAAGGUCAUGGAGGGCAAAGAUUUGGACUUCGAGUACAUUCAGAGGGAAGGGCUCCGCGAUCCUUUGAUAUUCAUGAAGCCCGAUGGACUUGGAAUCAAGAUGCCAGGCUCUGACUUCGGUGUGAACGACGUGAAGCACUUUGUUGGGAGCAGGCGGAUGAUCGAUGUGAUGGAUGUCUCCACUCAGAAGGGGAUCGAGAUGUCGAUGAGUCAGUGGCGCCGGUACUACGAGACCCCGCCCGAGGACAGAGAGAAGCUCUACAACGUCAUCAGCCUGGAGUUCAGCCACACGCGUCUGGAGAACCUGGUGCAGAGACCAGCCAGCGUGGACCUGAUCGACUGGGUGGAUAACAUGUGGCCCCGACACCUGAAGGACAGACAGAGGGACUCGACCAACGCCAUCUUCGGCAUGAAAUACCCCAAAGUUCAGAAGUAUUGCUUGAUGAGUGUCAAGGGCUGCUACACGGACUUCCACAUCGACUUCGGGGGGACCUCAGUCUGGUACCACGUUCAUAAGGGCGGAAAGGUUUUCUGGGUCAUCCCUCCCACCCCUCAGAAUCUGGAACUCUACGAAAACUGGGUGCUGUCGGGAAAGCAGGGAGACAUCUUCCUGGGAGACAAGGUCUCGGAGUGCCAGCGCAUCGAGCUGAAACAGGGGUACACCUUCAUGAUCCCUUCAGGCUGGAUCCACGCAGUGUACACUCCGGAGGACACACUGGUUUUCGGGGGGAACUUUCUGCACAGCUUCAACAUCCCUAUGCAGCUCCACAUCUACAAUAUAGAAGACAGGACCCGGGUCCCUGCUAAGUUCCGCUACCCCUUCUACUAUGAGAUGUGCUGGUACGUGCUGGAGAGAUACCUCUACAGCCUGACCAGCAAAUCAUACCUCACCAAAGAGUUCCAGAGAGAGUCCCUGGGCAUCGGUCUGGAGUCUGAGAUGAACGGAGCAAUCAAAAAGGAGGAGGAGGAGAAGGAAGAGUGGGGAGGGAGUGGAAAUAAAAACGGAGGUGACGACGGGGAGUCUGCCCGGGCACUGUCCCGCCCCCCGGGGGAGGGGGGAGGGGGAGAGGCAGGAGGGGAGAAAGGAGGGGGGAAGGCGAGGGCUCAGCUCACCCCCUUCGAACUGGAGGGGCUCUGGAACCUGCUGGGCAAACUGGAGUCUCUGCCUCCCCACAAGAAAUGCAUUCCAGCGGGCAUCGAGGACCCGCAGUCACUGCUGAGCGAUCUGAAGGACCUCCUCGAGCAGCAGAGUGGUUGUGAUCCAGAGCUGUCCUACACUGGGGUCCCAAUUGUCAAGUGGCCCAAAAGGCCCCCCUCUCUGCUCCCCCCUGCCUCAGUGGGGCGCCCCAGGCUGUACCCCUCCUCUCAGCAGGCGGGGGGCCGGGCCCCGCGGCAGGGUCCUCGGGGCGUGGUGUCUGCCUCACUGCGGCGCAGGAGGGUGCGUUGCAAGAAGUGUGCGGCGUGCUUGAGGAGGGAAUGCGGCUCCUGCAACUACUGCAGAGACAUGAAGAAGAACGGGGGUCCGGGCAGAAUGAAGCAGAGCUGCAUGCUGAGGCAGUGUCUCUCUCCUGGUCUCCCCCUCUCCUCUGUCUGUGUGGUGUGUGAGGAGGGGUCCCAGGACCUCGAUGACACUCGCGAUGUCUCUCGCGUCCUGAUGGAGUGCUCCGACUGCAGCGAGAUCGCGCACCCCGGCUGCAUAAAGGUCCCGGGAGAAGGGGUGCUGAAUAAGGACCUCCCGAAUUGCUGGAGGUGUCCCAAGUGUUGCCUGGAGGAGGCAGACAGCCAGUCUGAGUCCUCUGAAUGCAGCACUGCCUCUGCUGGCUCUCUCUCCCUCUCUCCCGCCUCUCAGGUCUCCAGCCUCCCCGAGAGGAGGCAGCUCCGAGGAGCAGGGAUCUGCGCCCCGAACCCCAGGAGUGCCUCCCGAGCGCCCCGCUCCCCCGCCUGCGCCCCCCCGCACACCCAGAGGCAGCGCAGACACACGCAGGCAGCUCAGCGUUACAAGGACUGCCUGCAGCAGCAGCAGCGCAAGAGGAGACUGCAGAGCAACCACGCAGCUGCACUGGAGCUGCGGCUCAGGAAGAGGAUUAAACUGGAACGGGAGAAGAUUUUGCUUCAAGCUAAGAGGAAAUCUGUGGAUGGUUCAGUAGCACAAUCCAAAAUGAAGAUCUUACGCUCUCUGAGAAGCAGAGAGGACUCGGCGGGCGGAGCCGGGCCAGGGGGCCGGACUAGAAUCCCCCAGGGCUCCGCCUCCUCGGUAUCCACCAGGAGUGGGCAGGGCGUGACUACGCGCUCCUCCCAGGGGGCAGGGGCGGGGCCCGGGGGUGGGGCCAGGAGGAGGCGGGGCUCUGCGGCGACGGGAGCCCCACGCAGGAGCAGCAGAGAGGGGGUGGAGAGGAGCGAAAACCUGAGCCUGCGAGGAGCGAGAUUCAGGAGAAGGCAGCACCAGCACCAGCACCAGCAGAUCAGCAGACCCCGUCGCUCCAGAGUCACCUCUCCCUCCUCCUCCUCCUCCUCCACUUCCUCAAAGCGGCAGGGCAAAGAGAACCGGCCGGGCCUGAGGAGGGGCUCCCCGUCCCCCCUCGCAGGGGACCCCCAGUCCGAGGGGGAGGUAGAGGCGAGGGAGGGUCUCACCCUGGCGGCGUCGACGGAGAGCGAGGAAGAGGAGCAGCUGGCGCGGAUCAAGGGCUCCUUCCUCACGGUCACCCUCCAGCGGGCUCCCAAAGCGCCCAGCAACGGCUCCCCCCUCUCCCCCUCCCCCUCAUCCUCCAUCGUCCCCCGGCUGCAGGCCAUCGCCCAGCGCUCCCCCCGGGCCAGGCCGCGGCCCCAGUGCAACGGGGAGCCCCCCAGGACAGCAGGGGGCGCUGUGGACAGGGACCCGGGCAUGCAGAAGGAGGUGUGGAUGUCGGUGUUCAGGCUGCUGAGCCGCAGAGAGCUGUGUGAUUGCAUGCUGGUGUGCAAGGCCUGGCACCGGUGGGGCUGUGAUAAGAAGCUGUGGAUGAAGAUUGAUCUCAGCCGCUGUCGGUCGAUCAGUCCCCAGGCUCUGAGCGGCAUCAUCAAGAGGCAGCCAGUCACCCUGGACCUGAGCUGGACUCACAUCUCCAAGAAACAGCUCACCUGGCUAAUCAACAGACUGCCAGGGCUGAAGGAUCUCAUCCUGGCAGGCUGCACCUGGUCCUCUGUCUCUGCUCUCAGCUCCUCCAGCUGCCCCCUGCUCCGGACGCUGGAUCUGAGGUGGGCCGAGGGGGUCAAGGACUCCCAAAUCAGAGACCUGCUGUCCCCCCCAGGCCCUGAUAACCACAGUAAGCUGCGCAGCAUGGUCUCGUUCCGGCUGGCUGGCCUCGAGCUGACGGACGCCACACUGCGGCUCAUCAUCAGGCACAUGCCCCUGCUGGCCAGGCUGGACAUCAGCCACUGCAGCCAGGUCACCGACCAGUCCAUCAACCUGCUGACCGCCGUGGGGUCUUCAACCAGGACCUCGCUGACCGACAUCAACCUCGCGGGCUGCCACAAACUGACAGAUGCCUGCCUGGGGUUCCUGAAACGCAUCCCUCACAUCUCCACCAUCGACCUGCGCGGCUGCAAGGGCAUCUCCAGGAAGGGCUGCGAGACCCUGACCGCCGAUCUGAACCUCCGAGCCCCUUACUGCCUGAGCGAAGACAACUUCAUACAGAGACUGAGCUGAGAGAGGAGGAGGGGCUGGGGGGGGAGAGACUGGGAGACCCUCCGAGCUGAACCUCCGAGCCCCCUGCUGCCUGAGCGAAGACAACUUCAUACAGAGACUGAGCUCAGAGAGGAGGACUCUCGAACCGUGGACAACCUCUCUAAAGAACAACGCUGCUUCAAAUCUUACUCUACCGUUACACUCUCUCUCUGUCUCUAUCUCCUCCUGUCUCUCUCGCUCUCUCUCCCGGCCUGUCUGUCUCUAUCUCCUCCUUUCUGUCUAUCUCAUCCUGUCUGUCUCUCUCUCUCUCUCUCUCUCUCUCUCUCUCUCUCUCUCUCUCUCUCUCUCUCUCUCUCUCUCAGGGGGAAACUUGCUCCAUUUUGGCUCCAACACAGAGCCCCCCUGUAUGAACUAUUGCACAAGUAGAGCCAAAAUGACCGACAGGGCUGCAGUUUCCUAGCCCGAUUUUGUAGCAGACUUUUUUUAUAACCACAUUUACAAUGGGGGUGCGUUCCUUUGCACCCAAAAAUACCCCGAACAAGAACAGCAGAGCACUGGCGUGGACGGGAGCGUUUGUGGAGGCUCAACGCAGUUUAAAACUCAACUGCCAGGGGGCGCAGCGUUUAGAAUAAACAGGAAACUGUUCAGAAGUCUGUCUUGAGUUUUGAGGGUUUUUUUUUUUUUUUUUUUUUUUUUUUGCUUUGGUUUAAGGACUCUGUUCAAAUAUAUACCAAGAGAAACUGCUACUGGCACCAAAAUGAUUCGACAGCUGAGAUAAUCAGAGUUUAACUUCCAAUGAGAUUGGGGGUGGGGUGGGGAGGGAGGGGGAUUAGAACGAAGCCGGCCUGCUGGGGUAGAGAAAGGGGGCCGUCGCUCGCUUGUAUAUAAUGUACAUCUGAUUUCAGUUUUGAAAAUUUAAUAUUGUCCAAGUUGGGGUUGAAAAGUGCUGGAAGAAACUUCACCAGUUCAAUGGCAAACGUUUCCACUAGAAGUCUCUCUAUGUCUUCAGUGUGAAUUCAAUGGCAAACGUUU